UCCGAGUUGAGCGAGAUGGAAAGAGACCUCGUCAUGGCGUUUCUCAUCUGCCUCGUCUUUGUCUUUUAUUCUCAGGGAAGAAGAAAAGAGAGAGAAGAGCUAUGGAGAGAGAUGGAGAAAACGGGGUUAUAGGCUAUAGCUAUCCUAUACUACGUCCAUAGAAAAUACAUUCUUUCACUCUUCCCAUCUAGCCGAUCGAUCCCUCUUUUCUCGUCCUCCCGAGAAGCAAUCGAUCGAGAUCAAACUAUAGCUCCUCAUCUGUCAUUCUCUCCUCGAGGAGCUCCAUCGCUCGGACCUCGCUCCUAUGCUCCUCUCAAUACCCCGGAAAGCCACAAAGAUGAGUUUUUGCUUUCCCUCUUCGCUCGAUCGAACAGCCCAAUAGAGCAUCCUCGCUCGACACCGAGGAUCACAAUGUGGGAAGGUCUCUUCUUUGCUCCUAGAGUACACUUGUUCUAGCUCGUAGAGAUUUGCAGCAGUCGUCAUAGAUUUCUAGACAUGGGUCUCCAAUCGCUGGUGGCUCUGGCGACGCACACCGGCGAGAACAAUAGCUACACCGAGGUGGAGAAGGACCGGCAAGAACAAGAUGGGCUUGUGGAUAACUCCAUGCGAGCUCUCGCCAAGAAGUUCCUCUGGCACGGUGGAUCCGUCUACGAUGCUUGGUUUAGCUGCGCCUCCAACCAGGUCGCACAGGUGCUUUUGACGCUGCCAUACUCUUUCUCGCAGCUGGGCAUUGUGUGGGGGGUCACCUUCCAAGUGUUUUACGGGCUUUUGGGCUCCUGGACUGCCUAUCUUAUCAGCUGCCUCUAUGUCGAGUAUCGGGCUCGCAAGGAAAAAGAGAAUGUCAACUUCAAGAACCAUGUCAUCCAGUGGUUCGAAGUUCUCGAUGGUCUCUUGGGACCAUACUGGAAGGCCGCUGGAUUCACUUUUAACUGUACAUUUCUUCUCUUUGGCUCGGUGAUUCAGCUCAUUGCGUGUGGAAGCAACAUAUACUACAUAAGCGAUAGAUUUGACAAGCGGACAUGGACGAUUAUCUUUGGAGCUUGUUGCAUGACAACGGUGUUGGUUCCAUCGUUCCACAACUAUAGAAUUUGGUCCUUCCUGGGGCUUGGAAUGACAACUUACACGGCUUGGUACAUGACAAUCACUGCUCUCGUCCAUGGCAAGGACCCAGGUGUAAAGCAUUCGGCCCCAAAUAAUCUCGUCCAAUAUUUCACUGGAGCCACCAACAUCUUGUACACCUUUGGUGGUCAUGCCGUCACUGUAGAAAUCAUGCAUGCUAUGUGGAAGCCUUCAAAGUUUAAGUCAGUUUACCUCUUCUCAACCUUGUAUGUGCUCACCUUGACAAUACCAUCUGCUACAGCCGUGUAUUGGGCUUUUGGCGACGAGCUUCUCCACAAUGGCAACGCUCUAGCAUUGCUUCCAAAGAACGUCUUCCGAGACCUCGCCGUGGUUCUCAUGCUACUCCACCAGUUUAUUACGUUUGGAUUCGCUUGCACGCCCUUGUACUUCGUGUGGGAGAAGAUAAUUGGCGUUCAUAGAAGUCCAAGGUUCCUACUUCGAGCAGCUGCCCGGAUCCCUGUCGUGAUCCCGAUAUGGUUCAUGGCAGUCAUAUUCCCAUUCUUCGGGCCUAUAAACUCCGCCGUGGGCUCUCUACUCGUCACCUUCACAGUCUACAUCAUUCCUUGCCUCGCACAUAUGCUCACUUUCAGGACUGCCUUUGCACGAGAGAAUGCCGUGGAGAAGCCUCCUUUUAUAAUGCCGAGCUGGGCGGCAGUCUACGUUUUCAACUUUUUCGUGGUGGUGUGGGUGUUCGUUGUGGGCGUCGGUUUUGGGGGCUGGGCCAGCACCGUGAACUUCGUCCACCAGAUCAAAACUUUUGGAAUCUUUGCCAAGUGCUACCAGUGCCCCAACAACAGUCAUCGCCACUGAUCAUUCAUAAGAUCUCUUGUCAAGCAAAACAUCCACGACAAUGAAGUGUACAAACUGGGAAAAAAGAGGGAUUUUUACAAGAUGGUUGGUGAUCGCAUUAUAUACUUUUUUUUUAUAAAAAAUGGUUCUAGAGCGUGGAACCUCAGUGGUGAUUACCAUGGAUUCUAAGAUAUCCUCGAGAGACUUUGCA